AACUAGUUCUGCCUGCGCGGUGCGUUGGCAACCCUGCGAACAGAUGAUUAUUUGCUAUUUUAGUUGUUGCGAAACUAGUUAGAAUUUAUUUUUCGGGACAAAAGUAAUUAAAUUGAUUGAACACGAGAGCGGUUAGCUACUCCGCCCACUCUCGAAAUUCUUAACGUACGGACGCCACGUAAAGUCGGAGUUGCGUCGUUAUAAGUAGUUCUCAAACUCAAUGUAUCUUACGUGCAGAAAAUCGAUUUUUGGCUUAACAGCGGUUUUUGGUCGACGGUCAAGUGCGUUGAGGGCCAGCAUUUCAGUAACACAUCGAUCGAUUGGAACACUUGGCAAACCCAAGAUGACAAUAGCUGAGAGCUCACAAAAGUCCGCAACCAGGAAGCCAGACAGCAUGGAGCCCAUUUUGAGGCUGAACAACAUUGAAAAGUCGCUGCAGGACACACGCGACUAUCGGGGAUUGCAGCUGGAAAAUGGACUGAAGGUCCUGCUUAUCAGCGAUCCCAACACAGAAUUCUCAGCGGCAGCUCUGUCCGUGCAAGUGGGCCACAUGUCGGAUCCCACGAAUCUGCCUGGAUUGGCCCACUUUUGCGAGCACAUGCUGUUCCUGGGCACUGAGAAGUAUCCCCAUGAGAAUGGCUACACCACUUACCUUUCGCAGAGCGGAGGAAGCAGCAACGCCGCCACCUUUCCCCUGAUGACUAAGUACCACUUUCAUGUGGCGCCGGACAAGUUGGAUGGAGCUUUAGAUCGUUUCGCGCAGUUCUUCAUAGCCCCCUUGUUCACGCCCAGCGCCACAGAGCGGGAAAUCAAUGCGGUUAACUCUGAGCACGAGAAGAACCUGCCCAGCGAUCUGUGGCGUAUCAAGCAGGUGAACCGGCACCUGGCCAAGCCGGAUCAUGCCUACAGCAAGUUCGGCAGCGGCAACAAGACCACCCUUUCCGAAAUACCCAAAUCCAUGAACAUAGAUGUGCGGGAUGAGCUGCUUAAGUUCCACAAGCAGUGGUACUCCGCCAACAUAAUGUGUCUGGCUGUCAUAGGAAAAGAAUCAUUGGACCAACUGGAGGUUAUGGUAUUGGAUAAAUUCUCCGAAAUCGAGAACAAAAACGUCGAGGUUCCAGAUUGGCCACGCCACCCCUACGCCGAGGAGCGCUAUGGACAAAAGGUGAAAAUAGUGCCUAUCAAAGACAUCCGAUCGCUGACGAUAAGCUUUACCACAGACGAUUUGACACAGUUCUACAAGUCGGGCCCUGAUAACUAUCUGACGCACCUCAUCGGUCACGAGGGCAAGGGCAGCAUUUUAUCCGAGCUGAGGCGUCUGGGCUGGUGCAAUGACCUUAUGGCCGGGCAUCAGAACACGCAAAACGGCUUUGGAUUCUUCGACAUUGUCGUCGACUUGACGCAGGAGGGGUUGGAGCACGUGGAUGACAUUGUCAGGAUCGUGUUUCAGUACUUGGAAAUGCUGCGAAAAGAGGGUCCCAAGAAGUGGAUAUUUGACGAGUGCGUGAAACUCAAUGAAAUGAGAUUCCGCUUCAAGGAGAAGGAGCAGCCGGAGACUUUAGUCACACAUGCCGUCUCGUCCAUGCAAAUUUUUCCCCUGGAGGAGGUACUUAUUGCUCCAUAUCUGAGCAACGAAUGGCGUCCAGACCUCAUUCAAGGCUUAUUGGAUGAGCUGGUUCCCUCCAAAAGCCGAAUUGUAAUGGUAAGCCAGAGUUUUGAGAAGGAUUGCGACCUAGCGGAGCCCUACUAUAAAACCAAGUACGGCGUUAUGCGCGUGGCCAAGGAAACAGUGCAAUGUUGGGAGAAUUGUGAACUUAACGAGAACCUGAAAUUGGCGCUGCCGAACAGCUUCAUACCAACAAACUUUGAUAUUUCCGAGGUUCCAGCCGAUGCACCCAAACAUCCCACGAUUAUUAUGGAUACCCCCAUUUUAAGGGUUUGGCAUAAGCAGGACAAUCAGUUCAAUAAACCCAAGGCAUGCAUGACGUUCGACAUGUCCAAUCCGAUUGCAUAUCUGGAUCCCCUGAACUGUAAUCUGAACCAUAUGAUGGUGAUGCUACUGAAGGAUCAGCUCAACGAGUACUUGUACGAUGCAGAGCUAGCCAGUUUGAAAGUUAGCGUGAUGGGAAAAUCGUGCGGCAUCGAUUUCACCAUUCGAGGUUUUAGUGACAAACAGGUGGUGCUGUUGGAGAAGCUGUUAGAUCACCUUUUUGACUUCUCCAUCGAUGAGAAACGUUUUGACAUCCUUAAGGAGGAAUAUGUACGUUCACUGAAAAACUUUAAGGCUGAGCAACCAUAUCAGCAUUCCAUAUACUAUUUAGCUCUGUUGUUAACUGAAAAUGCGUGGGCCAAUGUGGAGCUUGUAGACGCUAUGGAACUUGUCACGUACGAUCGAGUGUUGAACUUCGCUAAGGAGUUCUUUCAGCGCCUGCACACAGAGUGCUUUAUUUUUGGCAAUGUGACCAAGCAGCAGGCGACGGACAUCGCGGGGCGAGUUAACACCCGACUGGAGGCUACCAAUGCCUCAAAGCUUCCCAUUCUAGCGCGGCAAAUGCUAAAGAAGCGAGAGUAUAAGCUGCUUGCGGGCGACAGCUACCUAUUUGAGAAGGAGAAUGAGUUCCAUAAGAGCUCCUGCACACAGCUCUACUUGCAGUGCGGCGCACAAACUGAUCACACAAACAUAAUGGUGAACCUGGUAUCCCAGGUGCUCUCGGAACCUUGCUACGAUUGCCUUCGCACAAAGGAGCAGCUGGGCUACAUCGUGUUCAGUGGAGUGCGUAAGGUGAAUGGAGCCAAUGGCAUACGUAUCAUUGUGCAGUCAGCAAAGCAUCCGUCCUUUGUGGAAGAUCGUAUUGAAAACUUUCUGCAAACUUAUUUGCAAGUAAUUGAGGAUAUGCCAUUGGAUGAGUUUGAGCGGCACAAGGAGGCUUUGGCUGUGAAGAAGUUGGAAAAGCCCAAGACCAUUUUCCAGCAAUUCAGCCAGUUCUAUGGCGAAAUAGCCAUGCAGACGUACCACUUUGAAAGAGAGGAGGCUGAAGUAGCAAUACUGCGUAAGAUCAGCAAGGCCGACUUUGUAGAAUACUUCAAGAAAUUUAUCGCAAAAGAUGGCGAUGAGCGACGCGUUCUGUCCGUACACAUUGUAUCCCAGCAAACCGAUGACAACGCCACGACAGAAGCGGAACCCUUGGAGAUCACAAACAUGGAGCGUCAUAAACCAAUCAGCGAUAUUGUAACUUUCAAGUCGUGCAAGGAGCUUUACCCCAUCGCUUUGCCAUUCCUUGACAUAAAGGCGAAGGGAGCGCGCAGCAAGCUUUAAACUGCAAUAAGGAUGUUGAGGUUUUUCUUAAUAGCACAUGGUUUUGGUCUCUCUUUGUUUUAAUUGCUCGGAUACAAACGUUGUUCUGUCAUUCACAAAUAUAAAAGAAUCUGAAUCAACA